UUUUGUGAGUAACGUUUAUCUCUCGUGAGUAGCAUAUAAUAAAGGGAAGAGGGAAAUAGAUCGGAGCCCAAACCCAAACCCAAACCCAAACCAGCGCGCUAAAAAUGUUAAUUUGAAUUUGCAAUAGAGCUUCGUAUUCUGCACAUACAGAGGCCUUAGAGAUGGAAGAAAAAGGAGAAGGGGAAACAGAUUUCACGGUCAUUGAAACAGCCUCAGAUACUCUCGAUAGCUCUAUCAAAUUUCAUCUUGUUACUGAUAUAUUAGGUUUCGUCCUCUUUAUGCACCAGCAAAUCCCUUCCUUACUGCAGGAUCUCACUCUUGAAUUUGAUGAAUUGAACACUGAAUUUGCGGAAUUGGAGACAGCUAUUGUACAAGCGGAAACAUGUUCUUUACGUAGAAAUCAUGCUUCCAGGAAGAGGGAGGUGAGGAUGGGAAUAAGGAGACUGGAGAAGUUAAUGAACACUAUAUCCAGUCUCAGGACUGCUCUUCAAUUAAUGAUCACAGAAUUUCCUGCCAUUCAAAGGGUUAUUCUGAUUCUUGGGUCCAGUCCCCUGCGCCCUCUUAAUGUGUAUGAACUCAACUUUUCGUGUAAAACGGCAGCUUCUGGAGGAGAAUUUACUAGGAAUCGAGUUGCGGAAACUCUUUCAAAGAAGGCCAUCCGUGUCUUAGUUUCAAAGGGUGCAGGAUCUAGCUCCUCUGCUGGUCCUACCAAGUUGUUCCUCUUCGUUGAAGCUCCUUCGUCAAUUAACUUGCAUCUGCAUUUUCUUCCAAAGAGGGAUUUUAGGUACAGCAAAAAGAUAGUGCCUUUCAAAGUGCGGUUCAGUUGUCGAACCAAAAAUCUUGAAAGAGAAGCGUGUGCUGAUGAUACUCACCCUACUAAAGCAAUCACAUCACAUAGUUCUAAUGUCGAUGAUGUUAUCUGGUUUCAGUGCCGGCAUAUUAUCAAAGGCUUGGCUUCCAGGGCAUCCCCAACUGAAGAGUGAGAGAGACCUUUUUAAGUUAGAAAAGUGAAAAUGACAGAUCCUUCGAGCAGGUGCUACACAGUGGCCUCCUCAAGGUCAUUCAGAACCACUUUAACGCUGCUUAUUGACCAUAGCAACACAAUGUUCAGGAGGAGGUAGCAAUAGUAUUAGCAGGAUUUGGCUUAAGCUUCCUUCACCUACUGCAUUACCCACUUCUUAAAGCUUAGCAGGUACAAGAUCAAGAGAACAAAGUCCAAUAGAUGUUUUCCUAAACACAUACAGUUGAAGAACUCCUGGAGAAACAUGAGCAUCAGACUCACUAGGCUAUUUGACCAUCUUGGCUCCAAAGAGGAUUAAAAUAAAAAUGUUUUGCAGCAUAGUAAAUCACAUUAAAAGAACGUUGGCAUGUAAAUACAUAAUAAGGUGAGGGAGGCCCUUUGAAUCUCUUCCUUCGUUCUUUUGAACUUCAAAUCCAAGAUCAAUCAUUUACCCUUGGAAUUGUAUCGGAACAUCUA